UCACGUUAGUUUAGUUUUCAUCCAAGAAGAGCUUGAUACUACACUAAACCAAGUUUUUUUAUCACGAAGUUUUACCUAAAUGGUUUUAAAAUAAGACAAGUGCGCGUGGUGACUGUGUGUUGUGUUAAAAUGACAGACAUGCCUCCUUAUCUCGCUGUAAAAGAUGAGGAGGACAGUGCCCAAGGUGAUAGCGAGAGUGGUUCAGAGAUUGACGACUGGGAUUUGCCUCUCAGCUAUGAAAAACCUAGGCAUUUGGAGCCUAUAAAGGGAGCUGAACGUGUGGAGCACUCAUGGAGAGUCAAAGAAAAGUACAAGACACACUGCGUAGCGCUGGUGCUGUGCCUCAACGUGGGCGUGGACCCUCCAGACGUCGUCAAGACCCAGCCCUGCGCCCGCCUCGAGUGCUGGAUCGACCCCUUGUCGCAGUCCCCAAACAAGGCUCUGGAGACCAUCGGACACGCGUUACAGUCCCAAUACGAGCGCUGGCAGCCUCGCGCGCGCUACAAGCAGUCCUUAGACCCUACGAGCGAUGAGGUGAAAAAGCUGUGCUGCUCGCUCCGACGGAACGCCAAAGAUGAGCGGGUGCUGUUCCACUACAACGGACACGGCGUACCCAAACCUACCAGCCAGGGAGAGAUCUGGGUCUUCAACAGGGCAUACACACAAUACAUCCCGCUGUCGAUGUACGACCUGCAGACGUGGAUGGGCGCGCCGUCACUCUACGUGUACGACUGCUCGAACGCGGGCGUCAUCGUCGACAACUUCCGCGCGUUCGCGGACCAGCACGAGCGAGAUUACGAGAUGCAACUAAACAGCAAAGGCUCCGGCACGCCACCCCCGCUAGUCUCCUACAAGAACUGCAUCCAGCUCGGGGCCUGCGCCGCCGGACAGUCCCUGCCCAUGAGCCCCGAGCUACCAGCGGACCUGUUCACGGCCUGCCUAACUACUCCCGUCAAGAUGGCCAUGAAGUGGUUCGUGCUGCGGCACACCAGGGCUGCCAGCGUGCACCAGCAUAUACACGACGUGCACGACCUCAUCGACAAAAUCCCGGGCCAGGUGACCGACCGGCGCACGAUGCUCGGCGAGCUGAACUGGAUCUUCACCGCCAUCACGGACACCAUCGCCUGGAACUCUUUACCUCCGGAGCUGUUCCAGCAGCUGUUCCGAGCUGAUCUCCUCACGGCCAGCCUGUGCCGGAACUUCUUACUUGCUGAUCGGAUUAUGAGAUCAUACAACUGCACCCCAGUAUCGUCCCCCCCGCUACCCUCGCUCGCGCAGCACGCGCUGUGGGCGGCCUGGGACCAAACCCUGGACCUCGCGCUGGCACAGCUGCCCGCCAUGCUGGGGCCUUCUCCCAGGGUCUACCAUCACUCGCCGUUCUUCAGGGACCAGCUGACGGCGUUCCAAGUGUGGCUGGAUCUCGGGAAAUCCAACUCCCUGACCGGCGGGCUGUGGUCGCGGCCGCCGCCCGACCAGCUGCCCAUGGUGCUGCAGGUGCUGCUGAGCACGCUGCACCGCGUGCGCGCGCUGCAGACCCUGUGCCGGUUCCUGGCGCUAGGCCCCGCCGCCGUCCGCGCCGUGCUGCACGUCGGCAUCUUCCCCUACAUGCUGAAGCUGCUACAGGCCUCCGCGCACGAGCUGAGGGCCUCCAUGGUGUACAUCUGGGCCAAGAUCAUAGCCCAAGACCCGAGUUGCCAAGUGGACCUGGUGAACGCAAAAGGGCACAAAUACUUCCUGUCGAUCCUGGCAGAUUCUACCGUUGACAGCGAGCACCGAACGUUGGCGGCGUACGUUCUGGCCGGAAUCGUGGACAACUACUCCGCGGGACAAGAAGCGGCGCAACAGGGCUCCAUGAUCUCCAUAUGCCUGGAGCAGCUGUCGGACCCGUCGUGGCUGCUGCGGCAGUGGGCGUGCGUGUGCCUGGGGCGGCUGUGGCGCGGCUGCGACGCGGCGCGCUGGGCCGGCGUGCGCGACCUGGCGCACGAGAAGCUGUACCCGCUGCUGCGCGAGCCGCACCCUGAGGUUCGCGCAGCGUGCGCAUUCGCGCUGGGCACGUUCGUGGCGGCCGGGGGCUGCUGGCCGCGCACCGAGCACGCCAACGCGCUGGACCAGCAGGUCGGCGCCGAGCUGGCGAGGGCCCUCCCCCACGACGCCAGCCCGCUAGUGCGAGCGGAGACCCUGCACGCACUUCAAUGGCUGGUGCUAAUAUUCGAGCAGCACUUCAUCGCAGUUUAUAUCCAGGAACGGAUGAGGAAAAGUGACAGGGCUCCGCACUCGGGCUCGGGCGGCCCCGUGGACGCCGGGCAGGACGCGCUGGUGGCGGGCGGCCGCGGCCUGGCGCCCGCCGCGCGCCGCCCGCAGCAGGCGCUGCCCACCAUCGGGUUUGGAUCGGUGUACAUGAAGCUGUGGAACACCCUGAUGUCGAUGUCGAAGGAACCCCACCCCCAGGUCUCGCAGAUGGCCACCGACAUCAUCAACUACAUCUCCAACCAGCUGGACAACGUGUCCCGCGACAUGGACCCCCGCGGGCUGGGCGCGCACGCGCACGGCUCGGGCGGCUCCUCCAGCCUGCCCCCCUCCCCCAACCUGCGCCCCGCCGUCAGCCCCCGCGACGCCCGCCAGCCCCAGCACUCCCCCGCGACGCCCGCCAGCCCCAGCACUGUGAGUACCACCCCCACCACACCACAGCUGGACAACGUGUCCCGCGACAUGGACCCCCGCGGGCUGGGCGCGCACGCGCACGGCUCGGGCGGCUCCUCCAGCCUGCCCCCCUCCCCCAACCUGCGCCCCGCCGUCAGCCCCCGCGACGCCCGCCAGCCCCAGCACUCCCCCGCGACGCCCGCCAGCCCCAGCACUGUGAGUACCACCCCCACCACACCACAGCUGGACAACGUGUCCCGCGACAUGGACCCCCGCGGGCUGGGCGCGCACGCGCACGGCUCGGGCGGCUCCUCCAGCCUGCCCCCCUCCCCCAACCUGCGCCCCGCCGUCAGCCCCCGCGACGCCCGCCAGCCCCAGCACUCCCCCGCGACGCCCGCCAGCCCCAGCACUGUGAGUACCACCCCCACCACACCACAGCUGGACAACGUGUCCCGCGACAUGGACCCCCGCGGGCUGGGCGCGCACGCGCACGGCUCGGGCGGCUCCUCCAGCCUGCCCCCCUCCCCCAACCUGCGCCCCGCCGUCAGCCCCCGCGACGCCCGCCAGCCCCAGCACUCCCCCGCGACGCCCGCCAGCCCCAGCACUGUGAGUACCACCCCCACCACACCACAGCUGGACAACGUGUCCCGCGACAUGGACCCCCGCGGGCUGGGCGCGCACGCGCACGGCUCGGGCGGCUCCUCCAGCCUGCCCCCCUCCCCCAACCUGCGCCCCGCCGUCAGCCCCCGCGACGCCCGCCAGCCCCAGCACUCCCCCGCGACGCCCGCCAGCCCCAGCACUGUGAGUACCACCCCCACCACACCACAGCUGGACAACGUGUCCCGCGACAUGGACCCCCGCGGGCUGGGCGCGCACGCGCACGGCUCGGGCGGCUCCUCCAGCCUGCCCCCCUCCCCCAACCUGCGCCCCGCCGUCAGCCCCCGCGACGCCCGCCAGCCCCAGCACUCCCCCGCGACGCCCGCCAGCCCCAGCACUGUGAGUACCACCCCCACCACACCACAGCUGGACAACGUGUCCCGCGACAUGGACCCCCGCGGGCUGGGCGCGCACGCGCACGGCUCGGGCGGCUCCUCCAGCCUGCCCCCCUCCCCCAACCUGCGCCCCGCCGUCAGCCCCCGCGACGCCCGCCAGCCCCAGCACUACAGCCGGCGCGCGCGCGGCGGGCUGCCGAGCACCAUCUCCGAGGACUCCAUGGCGAGCCGCGAGCGGGACUCCGUCUCAUCCACUUCUAGUCAACAGUCAAAGAAACCGAUAGUGUCCACGCAGUUCGUGGAGUGGGCGCACACGCUGUUCGCUCGAGCGGACGCGGAGGCGGGCGCGGAGCGGGACGUGGAGUCGCGAGCGCACCACGCCAGGGUGUGGCGCUACCAGCGGAACAGGAGUCUGCGGAACGAGGCCAGAGCGUUGGUGGGAUCAAAAGUGCCGCGGUUAGAGACGCAAGCUUUCCACUCGCGAUGUCAGUUGCCGCCGGGAGUAAUACUUUUCCACCCCUACGAACAACACAUUGCUUUGGCUUUCAAGGACAACUUCGGGAUUUGGGAUUGGGGCACAGCGGCCAAGUUAUGCGUGGGCGCGUGGCGCAAGACGUGGGGCCGAGUCACAGCCCUCGCCUACCUCAACGCCCACGAGAGGGCGCUGCUCGCAGUCGCUAGUCAUCAGGGACACGUCGCCAUUUAUAGGCCAACCGGCAGCAGUAUGGAGCCGGCUCUAGUGUCCGCGUGGCGCGCGCUCGACGUGCGGCCCGCGGCCGACUACCGCCCGCCCCCCGCACAACCCCUCUACAGUCUGGCGCAGCUGGUGUCCGAGCAGUUCCUGUCCGCGGACGAGCGCGCCGCGCCGCCGCCGCAGGACCGUGAGUAAUCACUAGACACCCUCGGUGCGGCCGGGGUGGCGGGCGUGCCGGCCUACAGCCCCCCUCCACCCCCCGUGCUGCUGCGCUGGUGCGCUCGGCGCCGCUCGCUCGCGCUGGCCGGGUUGUCCAGCACCAUACGGCUGUGGGACGCCAGCACGGAGCUACUAGAAGCGGAUAUAAACACAGAAUGCGAGAGCGCAGCGACGUCCCUGUGGCGCGGCUCGACGGACGCGUGGUCGCUGGUGGCGGGCUUCGCGGACGGCUCCGUGCGCGCCUGGGACGCGCGCGCCGCCGCCGCCGCGCUCGCCGCGCACCACCACCGCGCGCCCGUGCUGUGCGCCGUGCCCAGGACCAGCACGCACAAGCUGGUCGCCGGCUGUAUGAACGGCGAGAUCCGCAUCUACGACACGCGGAAGAUGGAAGCCAUAGAGACGGUGCGCGCGCCCGGCCCGCUCGCCGCCGUCGACGUGCACCCCCUACUCGACCUCAUCGCGUGCGGUUCUGUGAAUCAGUCGAUCAGCUUAUACGACUUGAGCGGCAACGCGCUCAACACCAUCAAAUCCCACGAGGGGUUCAUGGGCAUGGGCACGCGCAUCGGGCCUGUCUGCUGUCUCGCCUUCCACCCGCUGAGAUGCGCGCUGGGCGUGGGCUCGAAGGACUCCAUGGUGUCCGUGUACGUGGGGGCGACACAGGAGCGCCGGUGACACACAGGGAGGCGCGCCACAUGGGACGCUAUUCAACGCUAGGAUAUAACCACUAGUCGCCUCGUGACAUGGCCCUCGCGACCGAA